GUCGUACAAACUCGCAUGUGGAUGCAAUUUACUAAGAGAAUCUCAAGCAUAUCUUGAGGACACAAUCAAUGUUGAAAUGAAGCCACUGAAGAUUCAAGAAACAUGCUUACCUGAAGUCUGACAUGAGUGUGACUUGAGGACCAUUUAUGCCUUCAACAGCUUCAUUGCAAAAAGUAUAAAUGUGUAUCUCCCAUUUGACCAGGAAGUAUCUGUGUCUCUUUAGACAUGAAGUUCAUUUGUUUGACUCUCCUACUUGUUAGUGGAAUUACAGACUCAAGAUCAGAGCAGUAUAAGGUUGUGGGACCUGCAGAUCCUGUAUUUGUUGUAGCUGGUGAAGAUGUGAUUCUGCCCUGUUCAGUCAAACCCAGCACCAGUGUUGUGGACAUGAGAGUGGAGUGGUUUAGGCCAAAUCUGAAAGAUGCACAACUAGUGCAUCUCUAUGAGGAUCAUGAAGACAGAAACACAGAUCAGAUUCAGUCCUACAGAGGAAGAACAAAACUGAUCCAUCAAGAACUACAGACAGGAAAUGCAUUACUCAAACUCUCAUCAGUCCAAAUAUCAGAUGAAGGACGUUAUAAGUGUUUUAUUCAAUCCAAAACCUGGUAUGAUGAUGCCACUGUUAAUGUCAGUGUUGAGGUUUUAGGACGUCCUCCAGUGAUCACUGUAGAUGGGUUUGAUCAUUCAGGAGGGCUUCAUCUACAGUGUGAAUCUGAAGGUUGGUAUCCUGAACCUGAUCUUGAGUGGCUGGACAGUGAAGGAGUCAGUUUGAGUUCAGAAACUACAGAGACACAUAGAAAUGCAGACAAAUUCAGUGUGAAACAAACCAUCACUGUACAUCACAGUAAUGACAGGAUUCACUGCAGAGUCAAACUGAGACAUCACAUGCAUGAGACUCAGAUUAUCACCACAAGUAAAAAAAUGUUUAUUUUCUGGAGAAAUUAUUGGAGGACAUCAGUCAUCAUGAUUUCCAUCGCUGCUGUGUGCUGUGCGUCUGCUGGUAUAUUACUAGCUACAUUUUUUAAUAAAACCAGAGUGACUACACAAUUAAGAAAAUACACAGUGAAUGUGAUUCUGGAUGCUGAUACAGCUCAUCCACAUCUCAUUGUGUCUCGUAAUGGGAAACAAGUGAGAUCUGGGAACAGACAAACGAAAGGAUUGGAUGGAACAAAAGACAGAUAUAAUGAUUAUCUUGGUGUUCUUGGGAAGGAUGGAUUCUCCUCAGGGUGUUUCUACUUUGAGGUUCAGGUGAAAGAACAAACUGAGUGGUAUUUAGGUGUGACCAGAGAAUCUGUUAACAGGAAGGGCUUGAUCCGUCUGAGUCCUAUGAAUGGAUACUGGACUGUGUGUCUGAGAGAUGGAGGGUAUUGGGCUUAUGAGUCUUCACAUGUCUCUCUUUCUCCGAGUGUGGAUCCUCAGAGGGUCGGUGUGUUUGUGGAUUAUGAGAAGGGUCUUGUCUCCUUUUAUGAUGUGGAGUCCAUGUGUCAUGUCUAUACUUACACUGACCAGUCUUUUGAUGAGAAACUUUAUCCAUUUCUUUGUUUGGGGGAAUGCUAUUAUUCUUGGAAUACAGAUUCUACCCCACUGAUCAUCUGUAAUGAUUACUGUAGGUGUUUGCUUAGUGCAUAUCUUCCAUGUCAUUCAGAGAUGAAGUUCAUUUGUUUGACUCUGCUGAUUAUUAGUGGAGCUACAGAUUCAAGAUCAGAGCAGUAUGAAGUAGUGGGACCUGCAGAUCCUGUAUUUGCUGUAGCUGGUGAAGAUGUGAUUCUGCCCUGUUCAAUCAAACCCAGCACCAGUGUUGCGAACAUGACAGUGGGGUGGACUAGACCAGAUCAGAAAGACUCACUAGUGCAUCUCUAUGAGGAUCAUGAAGACAGAAACACAGAUCAGAUUCAGUCCUACAGAGGGAGAACAAAACUGAAUCAUCAAGAACUACAGAAAGGAAACGCAUCACUCAAACUCUCAUCAGUCCAAAUAUUUGAUGAAGGACGUUAUAAGUGUUUUAUUCAGUCCAAAACCUGGUAUGAUGAUGCCACUGUUAAUGUUAAAGUUGAAGUUUUAGGACGUCCUCCAGUGAUCACUGUAGAUGGGUUUGAUCAUUCAGGAGGGCUUCAUCUGCUCUGUGAAUCUGAAGGUUGGUAUCCUGAACCUGACCUUGAGUGGCUGAACAGUGAAGGAGUCAGUUUGAGUUCAGAAACUACAGAGACACAACAAGAAACAGACAGAUUCAGUGUGAAACACACCAUCACUGUACGUCACAGUGACAAGAUUCACUGCAGAGUCAAACUGAGACAUCACAUGCUGGAGACACUGAUUAUCACCACAAGUAAUAUGUUUAUUUCUUGGAGGAUACCAGUCAUCCUGAUUUCAGUUUUCGUUGUGCUCAGUGUUAUUGCUGGAAUACUGAUAGCUGUGCUUGUUAAUAAAUUCAAAGCGAGACAUUUAAGAACAUACAUGG